AUAGGCGCGAAUUUCGACUCUGCAUUUGACAAUACCGAGGCCUGAGGAAUAGGAUUGGCCCACUACGUCCAAAUUAAUGUCCUAAGUCAGGCAGCCAAAAUAGCUGUAAGACGAAGUGGCUACUGGUGAUCUCGGAGACGCAAGAUCGAUUCAACAAUGCGGCAGUCAAAGGAAGAUAUAAUAGUGGAAGGGGAAAUAUCAGGCGAAAUCAGAAACGGCGUCAUACCCUAUGUUACGUUUUUUUUCCCCGGAUGGUAUCCUUCCUCAACCGACUGUCGCUUAUUCUCUCCGCGAUCCCUGCGGUGCCAUCCGCCGGAACAAUGUUGUCUUCCUGAGCAAGCGCCGGUUCCACUACACAUUUCAGAGUCGUUUUCUUUUCGUCCCCAUACACGGUCACAUUCGCUUCGAGGCAUCUUUCAUGGGUAUCUCCACCAUCGCACCUUAGCGCUUAACGUUUGGACCUUCAGUACCAACAUGGCUGUUAAGCAUACUGAUGGCGAAAGAUACUGCCACGGUGACGGGACCACGAUUGGGACGACUGAGCUCAAUGUCCACGGCCACCGCCCUUCGCGCGCUAGCGGUUACACAAACAUCUACAUAGGCGCGGCCUUCGCGCCCUAUUCAACAAGCAGUUCCCAGAUGUCGUCUCCAAUGGCGCCGAGCCCCAUAAACCGCAUCUCUCCCCUCUCUAGAUUGCUGAACCACUUCUCUCUCUUCGCAGCCCUGCAUCUUUCUAUGUCUGUCAACAGGCGCAUCAUCCUGAUUUUUGAAGAGUAACAACGAUAACGAUGCCUGCAGGGGAACGGGUAUCUGCAGAGCAUACCAUAACAUCUCGACAAAGCCGGCAACUGUAACCCACUCUUGGUCGCCCGACCUCUGGAUGACUACUGUCUAUGGAAGCUUUGGGUGGACGAUGACCAGUGACGGAAGAGGUGGGUUGGUUGCUGCCUCAUUCAUGCAGCCCUCAUGACCAAGACCGCGUACCCCGAUAGACUCUGAGCAGCAAAUACGAGCUCCAUCAACAUUUCUCCAUGGCUUGGCCGUAACAGUGAAUGUAACACUAUCGGGUUACCGCUCUCUGUUUGGGAUGGCAAUGGGAUGUGACGAUGGCGCGGUUUUCUCAGG